AUGCAAUCUCAAGUUGAAAAUCAACGAUCAAUAUUACAUACAAAUUUGAUUAGUAUAGAUCGACCUGAUUCAUCACAGCUUGUUGAUCUUCAUGUUUAUAUAAUACCAAAAAAAGUUUGGAAAAAUCGUCAAAAUUUAGCCGAAAAUGAAGUAAUAAAGCACGCUAUAUCAGUAGGUUUUGUUCAUGUUCCCGAAAGUUUAACUAUUUAUGAACUUCGUCAAUAUAUCAAUAAUAUUUGUGGUGAAGAAGAUUAUUUUCCCAAAGAAUUUAGUUAUCUUCGAAGUGUUGGUCGAUGUUUAACUAAAGUUAAACAUCAUCAAGAAAAAGAAUUAAAAGUGAAAAAUUAUCGACCACCAACGACAUUCGCACCUGAAAUUUAUAUACUUGGAAAACAUCAUAAUGAUGAUCCAUCAAUAUUAGAAAAUAAAAAAGAUUAUUUAAUACGAGAAUUAACAAUGAGUGAAUCAUUAACGAAUUCACAAACUUGGAUAAAACCAAUGGAUGGACCAUCAUUACUUCAUCCAUUAUUUAAUCAUAAUUAUAUACAAGAAACUUCAACAGUUAUCCCAACAUUUUCAAAAAUCAAAAGACAUUCAACACGUUCAAAUGAAUCCAAUACACGAAAUUCAGCAAAAUUACGCGGCGAACAAGAACGUCUUUAUUUACUUCAAAAAGAAUUAGCUCGAAAACGUCAUGAACUAGAAGAACAACAUGAAAAAGAAAAAGCAGCUGUUAAAAUUCAAACUGCUUUUCGAAAUUAUCGUUAUCGACGUCAUACAAAACAACAACAACAGCAAGAAGUUGAGGCUAUUAAAUAUGAACGUUUACAAAAAGAAAGAAGAAAAUCAAUUUAUCGAACUAAUGACGCCGAAAAUAAAACACAUGAUGCGGUAAAACUUUUAAAACGUCUCAAAAUACUCAAAGCAAAACGUAUUGUAUUAGAAACCAAUCGUAGAAUAAUUGUUCAUCAAUUGAGUCAGUUACAUAGUGAAAUUACUAUUCGACGACGGGAAGAAACAGAUUUAUGGAGACAAAAAUAUUUUAUUGAAAAAAAUCAAAUAAAAAUAUUGGACAAACAAGAUCGCAUACCUUCAGUACAUAAUUAUUUAUGA